GACAAAUCUGGAAGGUUGGCAACGCUGCUGAGGAUGUUUGUUGUGAAUACGGCACAGGAUCUUCGAAAAUAAUUUUUUAAUAAUUGAAACUUGGUUCAAUCAAAUUAGUUUUAAUUUAUAAAAUCGCAGACACACUAUGGAAGUACCGUUAAAUGUAGAUCGUAUCUGCCGAACUUGUCUCAGUGAAACAGAGAGUCUUAUUUGUAUGUUCGACGAUGACAUCCAGCAAAGCGGCAGCAUUUCGUCGAUGAUCUCUGCCUGUAGUAAUAUGAAGAUCAAACGAAACGAUGGCCUUCCAGAUAAAAUUUGCCAGAAGUGUCUCCAGCUGGCACGGAAUUCGUUCGCAUUCAAGCAACAGUGCGAUAUUGCAUACCGAACUCUUCGUUCACUUGCCGAGCAGUACAAUCUUACGGUAGCGACGUCGGGAAACGAUCCGGAAGACACCUCCAGAGGUACGCAGACGGACCCAGAGGUGGAAUGUUGUGAGCACCUUUGUGCGGUCAACUCGAAAAGUAGUGAAAGCCUGGAAAGUGGCCCCAAGGAGCAUCAUGAGCGCAAAGACGAAGACUCGGAAAUUCUCAUUGAAGUGGAGUGCACGCCAGAAGUGGCCGAUUCUGUCGAAAGUAAUUUUGAUGCCAUACAUGAUGAUAGCUGCAAGUUGGAAGCGUUCGAAAGUGUAGAAUACCUAUCAGAGACCUUCGAUGAAGCUGGGCACCAAAUUAAAGAUGAGCCAAAUGUAGAAGAAGAAAUGUCCAACUUGGAGGCAGAUUUCAGCAACGAUCAGGUCGACUUCUUAGAGCUUGAGUACGAAAUCGAAGAGGAAAAACCCAAAACUAAAAAAAUCGUAAGGACCAGAAAGCUUGUCAAAAGUUCGCCCGGAGUCCACAAAUGUGAAUAUUGUGCCAAAGAAUUUCGAAGGGGGACACACUUGCGGCGCCACAUUCUGAUCCACACGCAGGAGAAGCACUUCAAGUGCAAACUUUGCGGUAAAGCGUUUUCACGGAGCGAUCAUCUCACGAUUCACGAGUCAACAUUCCACUCCAAGGAGCGACCGUUCGGUUGUCAGCUUUGUGAGAAGUCCUUCAAACGUUCCGAACAUCUCCGUAAUCAUAUGGAAACCAAACACAGUGGAACGGUCAAAACUAAAAAGCAAGAGUUUUGUAAAAUAUGCAAUAAAGGAUUCACCUCGACAAAAAGUUUGGAAUCUCAUAUUAAGGCCCAUGCAGAACCGAAGACAUUUAAAUGCUGCUUUUGUGGGGAACAGUUUUCUAACAGAACUGAUCAUGGUUUGCACGUUCGGCAGCUGCACCAGGAGGGAAAAUCGUUUCUGUGCUCCGAGUGUGGCCAGAGCUUCCUUAGGAAUGAUUACUUGUUGGUACACAUGCGGCGGCACAAGGGAAUUAAACCGUACAAAUGUAAAUUCUGUCCGAAAGCGUUUCCACGAGCGACGGAUUUGAGGGUUCACGAGAAGUAUCAUACCAACGAAAAAACUCACCUUUGUACUAUCUGCGGUAAAGGUUUCCAUCGGGCUUACAAUCUUGUAGUGCACAGUCGAACUCACAACGGCUUGAAGCCUUAUCAAUGUCCACACUGUCCAAAAAGUUUUGCUCAAGGAAAUGACCUUAAAGCUCAUGUCCGGCGUCAUACCGGAGAGCGAUACCGUUGCGAUAUUUGCAAUGAGGGCUUCAUCCAGUGUUACCAAUUGACCAAUCAUAAGCGCACCGUUCAUAACAUUGAUACAGCGGGAAAUACUCGACGAGUUGUGAAGUAUUUAACGCCAUCUGCGCAGGAACAGCAAGUCUUUCUCCAGAAACAGCAGCAACAAUUAGAACAAUUGCUAGAAGAGCAAAAGGCGCUCGAACUUCAACAGCAACAAGCAGGUUGGGACAUCGAACACGAGGAACAUGAUCCCAACUUGGAUAAGAAGAUUCUGGAAACCAAAGACCAAAUUCAGCAAAUCGAACGUCAGUUGACGGACAUCAAUAAUCGCCUACACGAAGAAGUGGAACGUUACAAGCAGAGCCAAGCUGAGGAUUGCCACUCAACAGAACACAAUAGAUCAGCAAAUUCUUCAUUUGGGCAGGAUUUUCUAAAUGAUUCCACCUCCGAAAUGCAACAUAUAGCAACCGUGAAGGACGAAAAGUUGUCCUAAUAAUUUGAAUUUUUGCUCUCAACGACGAUAUUGGCAUCGUAAGAGAAUUGCUGGCAAUUGAGAAUAACGUGAGACCUCCGAAAAUAUUUUAAUCAUCUAACCACUGUAAUUCAUGGAUUCUUGAAAACUAUCGGUAGAAAAACAUCUAUUGUCGUCAAGAAGCAAUCAUUUCAUUCAUUCAAAUGACUCCAGAGGCAAACACAAAUCCAUAUUAUGUCAUCCAGUGUACAAUAAAACAGACUUACGUAAUAUCCAGUAUCGCAA